AUGCUCGGCUUCAGAUCUGAUCCAGUGGGCCGCAGGGAAACGAAGCCCAAAACCAACCUAAUGUCUGUUGCCUCUCAACCUCUCCGCAUCCCACUCAACUCCGCCUCGCAGGCAGAUUUCGUCACCGCCUCCACCGUCAUUCUCUCCUCCACAGAGCCCUCCGGCCCUCCGCCUGCUCGCCUCGCUCCCGCCUUUCCAGUCCCCUCCCGCACAGUCCCAGAGUUCUCUGCCCCUCCUCGCCUCCCCCCUGAGCCCCACCAUCCCCGGCCAGCCUCAGACUUCGCCUCUGCUGCUGCAUACGCUCCUCCUGCUCCUUCUGCUCCUUCUGCACCCGCUGCUCCGUCGUUCCGUGCUGCUGUCCCUUCAGCUGCUCCCGAUCAUGUCCCGAACCAAUCCUCUAAAACUCACGGAUCCGAUUCAGCAGCAGCAGCAGCAGCAGCAGCAGCAGGCGGAGCAGCAGUCGGAGGAGCAGCACGGGGAGGUUGGGGAGCAGGACGUGCAAAACCACCAGCCAGAGCCGAGCCAGAGACCCUCCUAGCCCCCCCUCGGCCUCUCUUCCCGCUCUCCCCCCCAGCCCAGCAGCAAACCCCGGAUUCGCCUCCCCCAGUCAAGCCUAAGGCGCAACAAUUAGCCAAAAAACUGUUUGCCACUCCAUUCGCGGCGUCACCUCAAGGCUAUUCCACUGAGAGUGAUGUUCGCUGCUCCACAGGGACAGAUGUGACAGGGGCGCUGAACUGGGGGGGAUGGGGACAAGUGGGGGCGAGUGGCUUGGAGUGUGAAGGGGAAGGGUUCGGACAGGGAGCAGCAGCAGCAGCAGAUGCAGAGGCAGCAGCAGAAGCAGAAGCAGCAGCAGCGGCAGCAGCAGCAGCGGCGGCGGUGGCAGGAGGACGAGGACGAGGAGGAGGAGGGGAAGAUGCUGCAGGAGGAAGAGAUUUGAGGGAAAGCGUAGGAGGGAGCGAUGGAGCACGGGAGAGAGUGGCAGUGGCAGGGUCGCCUUCACCACCGCCUGAAACUCGAUACGAACCCUGCUCGCCACCGCCUGAACCACUCUACCCUCCUCCCUCCCCUACAGGAGGCAACAGGAGCCCUGCUUCUUCCCACCGUUCUUCUGCUCCCCGAUCGGCAGCAGCUGCAGCUGCUCUGAGUGCCCUCGGUGCGGCUACUCUGGCAGCACGAGGCCCUCCUCUUGCUGCUGGCACUCCUCCUGUAGAUGCACAGACCCACGCUCCCUAUUCCCAUGGCCCAUCACCACAUAGAUAUGGUUCGGAGAGUGUGACAAGUAGUGGAACAGGUGGGGGGCGUGAGUCUGGAGGGGGGCGUGAGUCUGGAGGGGGGCGUGAGUCGGCUGUUAGUAGCAGGGGUGGUGGCAGUGCUGGUGGGGUUUCUGUGGCCAGCAGCGGGCAUGGGUUUGGUAAUGCAGCAGGUGCUGGUGUGCAGAUGAGUGGCGGUGGGAGUGCUGCUGCUUCUGCUGCGGCUUCUGCAGCUGUGGUUACUCCACCGGUCCCAACCCGGCUGGAUUUCCAGUCUCCUGUUGGGGAACCAGGAAGCAAGAAGAGCGAGAGUGGGAGAGGCAGAGCCGAGGAGUCUGGAGGGAAGGGGAGCGUCCUGGGAUCUGCCUGGAGGUCUGGUGGGUCGAAUAAGAAGCUGCCACCUGGCACUGAUGGGGAGCGGUGGAAUGAUGACGAGGACGAUGAUGACGUGGCAUCGUCUGAUUCGUCCUCGUGUUCGAAUUCGUCUGAGAUGUCUUCCACGCUUGUGGCGGGCGGUGGCGAGGACUCGCCAGCUGGCACAAGAGAUGGAGACUCUGCCAGCUCAGCAAGGGGGCGGCUGAAGUGGCCUUUGCGCCAACUGGUAUCGGGGCUGACGGCAGAGGAGCUUCAAGCAAGUGCCUAUGAGGUGCUGCUGCUUGCAGCAGCGGAAUCCGGGCUUGUGUCUGCACCAGCGCCUGGUGCCACCAGUGCAGCCAGCAGCGGCAGCAGCAAGAGCAAGCCCCGGCGGCCUGAAUCCCCCGUAGAGCCCAAGUCCAAGUCCCCAGGCGGCUUCAUGUCCCGCUUUGCCAAGAAGGUCGGGGUCAACGUGGGGCAGUUUAAGGGAGCCAAACCUGCUGCUGGCAUUGCUGCUGCUGGUGGUACUGGUGGCGGUGGCGGUGGUGGUGGUGGGGGUGGUGGAGAGAGGGGGAUUGGGGAUGGGAGUGGAGGGGAGGGAGGAGGAGGAGCCCUGUCUCCGGAGCUGGCUCGCAUGCGGCAGCAAUUAGGGGUACGUGAUCGGCGCUUCUCCUCCUGCCUUGUCCUACCGUACGCUUGCCUUUUCCUACCAUUCUUUCCCUGCAUGCAUCUGCUUCUUUCCAGUCUCUGUUCUUCCCAUGUUUUCUCCUCCCCAGGAGUUGUACCCGAGUCUCUCCACGCUCUCCUCCUCUCAGCCCUCUUCUUCCCACCCCCCUCACAUACCGUCGAAAUGCCAUCCCCCAUCAGCCCCCUCACCGGUGCAGCAGCAGCAGCAGCAGCAGCAGCAGAUCAUCCUGCCUCUCUUCAUUCUCUCUCCAUUCCUUUCCCCUGCCCUUCCCUGCUUCCCUCUCCCCCCUUUCCACAGGUACCCGAGUCUCUCCAAGCUCUCGUCCUCUCAGCCCUCUUCCUCCCACCCCCAUCACACACCGUCGAAAUGCCAUCUCCCAUCAGCCCGCUCACGGGUGCAGCAGCAGCAGCAGCAGCUGCCGCCAUUCCCCCCCUCCCGCUCCCCCUCUGCUUCCUCCUCCACUUCUCCCCCAUCCCCGCCUCCCUCUCUUCCUCCUUCUCCCCGGGGGUUGGUGCACUCAAGGCUGCUGCUUCUUCUCUCGCUGCGACAUUCUCCAAUCUGUCUCCAGACCUCCGCAGGGCCUUCUACCACAGACAGGUGAAGCUGCUGCAGGAACUGCUGCUGGAUGUCACAGGCACUGCAAAGCACCAGGGCACUGGAAAGGGAGGAGGGGGAGGAGCGGGAGGAGAGGCCGCGGGCGGGGAUGAUCGUGCUGAGGUGGCAGCCGCUCUGGAUGCCAUGCUGGCACUUGUUAAGGGUCACGAGUUCAUCACCUCGCCUCCAUCCUUUGAGGCCAAGUGGAGCCGAAAACUCAGCGAGCUGCGCUGGCUGCUGGUGGGGGGAUUCGCCUGGGGCGGCAGGAGGGGAAACGCAGCAGCACUGACCGCAGCAGCAAGCAACAACAGUGCUGGCAGUGGCAGUGAUGGUGCUGGUAGCAGUGGUGGGAGGCAAGGGAAGCAGCUACCCGUGCUGCCUGGUGCCUGGUGUCCCUCCAGAGCGAGCUUGAACGCGUCUCUGUACCAUCAGCUGCUGUCCGCCUGCUGUGACCCUUCUGAUUCGGCCUCUUCCAUCGACCUGCUCUUUGAGAUGGAGGAGAGAAUAGAGGCCAUCAGGCCCACGUGGCAGCCUCUGGGAGUGACACCUGUCACACACAGUGCCCUGCAAGCCUGGACUCUCUGCCAGAAGGCUUCUGUUCCAACCCUCCCUCACCCGCUCUCAUCACCAUCGCCAGCUGGCGGUCUGCCAGAUCAGCAGCAGCAGCUUCUGCCAAUCAGAGCCGUGCUUCCGCUCAUCUGCCAAUCACUGCGCCGCUUACCAACCACUGCCUGUGCACGACCAUCAUCAUCCUCAUCCGCAACAGCAGCAGCAGGAACAGCAGCUGCAGCAGCAAAAGCAGUAGCAGCAGCAGAUUGCAGAGAGGAACCUUCAGCGAAGGUUCUCCUUCUCCCGUUCGUGCAGUCGGUGUCUCGCUUCCUGUCGUCCCUUCUAAGUGACUACCACCACACCCUGCUGGAGGCUUCCAGCAGCAGUGGCGCGAGUGCAGACGGAUUGGCAGCACUAGAGUCGGCUCUGGACUCCUACCUGUGCUGCUGCGACUUGCUGGAAGCAGGCAGGAAGAGGAGCAGCCGCAGACACACAGCCCCAGGGGGACCACCGAGCGUGGAGCGGGUGGAAGAAGCACUCGAGUUUGUUCACACGUCAGUGCUCUCCUCCUUCGACUGUGCGUGCCUAGAUGCUAUGGCAGCAGCAGCAGCAGCGAAAGCCCAGAAAGACGCACAGGAUCAGGACAAUGACGGAAGCUCCUCCUUCUCUUUCCCAGACUCUUCCACAGACGGACCUGCUUCGGAUUUCAGAGCAGCAGGGGCGGGCGGAGAGGACCCGUUCCUCUCAGUGGUAUCAGAGCUGCACCCCGACUGCUGCAAGGUGUUUUACGCUGUGGACGAAUUCGACAGGCGCGUGCAGCAGGUGGUUCAGGGGGAGGUGCGGGCAGAGGAAGAGCAGAAGAAGAGAGCAGGAGAGGGGCAUGGGGGAUACGGCCAUGCAGCACAGAUCGCAAGCGAGCUCAACCCGUACCAGAUCGACCCUGUGAUGAAGCGCCUGUUCUCUGCAUGGGUAUCAGCACAGCAGCAGAAGCUGCACGUGUGGAUGGAGAGAGGCGUGGAGGCGGAGACCUUCGAGCCAGCCUCAGAGACAAUCAAGCACGGGGCUUCUGCAGUGGAUGCUGUCCGCCUGGUAGAAGAGGUGCUAGAGCAGUUUUUCCGGCUCGGCCUCCCUCCCCGCCUGCCCAUGCUACAGCAAAUCGUCCACAGCACCGACACCCUCAUGACCACUUACAUCUCCAAGAUCGCUGCUCUCGGCCCCAGAGACGACCUCAAGCUGCCUCCGCCGCCCCUCACACGCUUCAAGGAGGACCUGGCCCAGCGGCUCGCUGAUAAGGCGGAGAGAAAGGCAGAGAGGGAGGAGCGGGUGCAGAAAGGGAAAGCGGGGUAUUUGGAGGGGCUGUGGCAUGCGCGGAAGGGUGUGGGAGGUGGGGGUGGGGGAGGGGGAGGGGGAGCGGGAGUGGGAGUGGGAGGGAGAGUUGGGGUGAGGGUGGUUGACGCGGCGAAAGCUGCUGCGAUUGAUGCGCUGACUGUGAAGAAGCUGUGUGUGCGGAUCAACACUCUUGAGUUCGUGACUGUAGAGCUUGACAAGUCUGAGAAGGCUCUUUGUGAACGCUGGGACGAGUACGCGCCGCACCUCAAGAUUGAUGACAUGGCAGCUUUGGCCCCAUCCCAGCUAACCUCCUCCCUCGCCUUCCGCCUAUCCACUGAGGGUGUUUCUGGGCUCAAGAGAGGAAGCUUCUAUGAGCAGACUACCACGCUUGCAGCACAGCGCAUGCAGACCUUAUCCGACUACCUCGGCACCAAGGUGGUGUGGUGGGACCUGAGGGAGGCGUUUCUGGAGGAGCUGUAUCGUGUGAGCGUGGACUCGUGCCGCAUGAGCAACCUCAUGCUCAAGCUCGACCCUGUGUUGGGGGAAAUUGUGGAGACCGUCUCAGACUCUCUGAGGGACCGUGUCGUCACCUCUCUCCUGCACUCUGUUCUGGAGGGUCUGCUGCGUGUGCUUCUGGACGGUGGGCCUCUGAGGGUGUUUGCCCAGUCAGACUACGAUGCCCUGGAAGAUGACCUCCGCAUUCUCAAGGAGUUCUUUGUGGCGAAUGGCAAUGGCUUGCCACAGGAGGUGGUGAACAAGGCAGCAGCUCAGGUGCAGCAAGUGCUUAACUACUACUCCCUCGAUACUGCUGACGUCAUUAUCGUUUACAAGCAAGCAGCGGGAGCCAGUCAAGCGGCAGGUGGUGCGUUCCGGGCGUCUUCAUUUGUGAAGGGUGGAGGCGCAGGGCUCACUGGGCACGAUGCACAUGUGCUUCUGCGUGUGCUUUGUCAUAGGGCGGAUCGGGAAGCUUCCAACAUGGCUUCCUCGUCGUCCUUCACCGGACGGCUGCAGCUGUCGACCGUCGCGCGGUCGGCUCCUGCUGCUUCACCCGCGUCCGCCGCAGGCUCGCUCCGGCAACAACCUGCUGCUGCUGCUGGAUCGCACGUCCAUUCCGCUCGCUGCUCGCAUGAACCUGAUAAUGCGAAUGCCAGCACGGAACAGCCGAAAGAUGUUCCUAGCACCACCAGCAGCAGCAGCAGCCGUCGGCAGUUGUUGUGCGGAGCGUGCGGAACGGCGGUGGCAGCGGCAGUGGCAGCGGUGUCAGGCGACGCGAGGGCGGAGAUAAUUCCCGCUCCUCCCUCCAACUCCUCCGUCUGCCGCAAUUGCCAGGGCGCCGGCGCUGUUGUCUGCGACAUGUGUGGUGGUACGGGUAAGUGGAAGGCGCUGAACCGCAAAAGAGCCAAGGACACGUACGAAUUCACCGAAUGCCCCAACUGCUACGGUCGAGGCAAGCUGGUAUGCCCGGUGUGUCUGGGCACGGGAGUUGGGAACGCCAAGGGCGAUAGCACAGUGGAGACGACCGUUGAGAAUCUGGUGAUCAUCGGCUCAGGCCCGGCCGGAUACACAGCCGCGAUCUAUGCUGCGCGGGCGAAUCUGAAGCCGGUGCUGUUCGAGGGCGUGCAGGCCGGCGGAGUUCCCGGAGGGCAGCUCAUGACCACCACGGAGGUCGAGAACUUCCCGGGAUUCCCGGAGGGAAUCACGGGCCCCGACCUCAUGAUCAGAAUGAAGCAGCAGGCGGAGCGGUGGGGAGCGGAGCUCCAUACCGAAGACGUAGAAUACGUGGACUUGCAGACCCGCCCCUUCACAGUGCGCAGCAGCGACCGCGAGUUGCGCUGCCACAGCGUCAUCAUCGCCACGGGCGCCACUGCGCGCCGAUUGGGCCUCCCCAGCGAGAGAGAGUACUGGUCGCGAGGCAUCUCCGCGUGUGCUAUUUGCGACGGCGCGAGCCCGAUUUUCAAGGGGCAGGAGCUGGCAGUGGUGGGAGGAGGGGAUACUGCGGUGGAGGAGGCGCUUUACUUAACUAAGUACGCUAAGCACGUGCAUCUGCUGGUGCGGAGGGACGUGUUAAGAGCCAGCAAGGCGAUGCAGGACCGCGUGUUUAAGAACCCGAACGUGACUGUCCACCUGAACACGAUCCCUGUAGACGUGGUUGGGAACGACAAGGGGCAGAUGGCUGGUAUGAACGUGAAAGACGCGCAGACAGGGCAGGAGAGGAUUAUUCCGGUGAAGGGGCUGUUCUAUGGGAUCGGGCACAAGCCGAAUAGUGAUCUGCUGGCGGGGCAGGUGGAGCUGGAUGGGAGCGGGUAUGUGGUCGUGAAGGACAAUGCCGUCGAGACGUCUGUUCCCGGCGUGUUCGCUGCUGGAGAUUUGAAGGACCACGAGUGGCGGCAGGCCAUCACAGCAGCAGCGUCGGGGUGCAUGGCAGCACUGUCAGUGGAGCGAUACCUCACAGCCAACGACCUGCUCAUCGAGUUCCACCAGAAGGAGGUGGAGGUGGUGGAGAAGAAGGAGCUGACAGAGGAGGACGUGGAGGAGAGAUUCGACCCGCUGCUGACGCGCCACAAGGGGCAGUACGCCCUGCGCAAGCUCUACCACGAGUCUCCUCGCUUGAUCGGCGUCAUCUACACUUCGCCCACCUGUGGGCCUUGCAGGACGCUCAAGCCCAUGCUUGCUAAGGUGGUGGAGGAGUUUGACCGUCAGAUCCACUGGGUGGAGAUUGACAUUGAGGAGGACCCUGAGAUUGCCGAGGCGGCAGGGAUCAUGGGCACGCCUGUGGUUCACUUCUUCAAGAACAAGGAGAAGAUUGAUGAGAUCAAGGGUGUGAAGAUGAAGAGAGUCUACCGGGAAUUCAUCGAGACACAUGUGUAA